UAAAGCGGUUGCAGCAGUGGUCUGGACAGUUGUUUAUAGCUGAAUAUUGACACCGAGAAAUACUGGCAGACAAUGACUUUACAGUAAACACUCAAUGAGAAAACAAAAUGGGAGAUUGAUUUUCGAGCUCUCUUAAGUGAUAUAUUAAAAGUUCCUCUAAACCUCGCGCAGAACAGCUGAACUUCAGGAAACAGUUUAAUGUGUUUGAGACGUGUGUCGUCUUCUGAUGUGAGUGACUCAUCUGAGUUGAUCAUUUUAUUCAGUUAUCAUGAGCUCUUUAAGUCUGGAUGAAGAGUUGAUCUGCGCAGUGUGUCGUGAUAUAUUUGCUGAACCGGUGACUUUACCCUGCGGUCAUAAUUACUGUGAGCAGUGUGUGAAUAAGCUGAAGAGAUCUUUGAGAGAGAGUGAAGAUGAUGAAGAUGAAGAGCGCGUCUUGACUCGCUAUUACACAUGCCCUCUGUGUUUGUCUCCGUGUGACUCCAGAGUGGAGCUGAAGAAAAACACGGUGCUCAACAACAUCAUUGAGAAAUACCAGAGUAAAAGACACUCAGGCAUCGAGUGCAGUGUGUGUAAAGGUGAACAGAAACUGACUGCGGAGAAAAUGUGUGUGAACUGUGAAGAGUAUUACUGCACUUUACAUGUGAUGCCACAUCUGGAGAAUAACACACUACGACAACAUGUGCUGGUGAAUCCAGUGGCCAACUCCAGUAGACUGUGUAAGGAACAUGGGAAAGAGCUGGAGUUAUUCUGCAGGACUGAUGGCACAGCUCUGUGUGUGUACUGCAUGUUACCAGCAGAAGCCAAACAUCUGCAGGGACACAAUGUGGUCAAACUCUCCGAUUCACUGGACACUUUUAAGGAGGACUGCCGAGUUAAACUGGACAAUAUCAAAGCUAAUUUGUCUGAAGUUCAAGCUGGACUUUCUGAACUUGAGGAAAAGUCAUCCACCACCAAGGAGGGUCUUGAGAAGGAGCAGCGAGAGUGCACAGUGGUCUUGAACAGGAUCCGACUGUUCUUGGACUUUGAAGAGAAAGCUCAGCAGAAGCGUUUCUCAGUGGAUUUGCUGCAGGAUGGCCGGAGCAUGAGACAGAGAGCAGAGAGACUGGAUAGAUUGAGAAGUAGACUACUGCAUGCACAGGAAGCUCUGAUUCAGGCCAGAAGCUUUCAUGACCCUUUGAUGGUACUGCAGACUAUAACAAAUACAGACUGGACUGAUUUGUUUGAUAAACAAGCUUGUGCAAAUCAGAUCUCAGAGGCAAUUGAGUGGAAUAAUGCAAAACCUAGAGCUAUGUCAAAAAUCUCCUCGAUGUUCCAGUCCAUCCGCAAGACAUUUGCUGGAGAUGAUAUUGUGUUGAACUCUGCAUCGGCACACCACAGGCUCAAGUUGAACCCUGAGCGCAACACAGUGUGGCUGACAGAAAAUGGUGGGCUUUGUUCUGAAGAACUUUACUGUGUGAUGGGUGAAGCUUCAUUCUCCUGUGGUGUCCACCACUGGGAGGUGGAUGUUGCUUCUGUCCACUCUUGGGCAGUUGGAGUGUCUUACAAUUGUCAGCAGGGUUCAGGUCUCUUUUGUGCUCUUGGCAGGAAUGAUCUGUCCUGGAGCUUACACUAUAGCAGGAACCGCAGGCAGUUCUGUGCCCAGCAUGACUGGCUUCAAUUCAGCUUCUCAGACUCUGUCACUGGCCUCCCCACCCGAGUGGGCGUUUUUCUGGAUGUUGAUACUGGUUUCCUGUCUUUCUAUGAUGCCAUUAGAAUGAAGCAUCUUUAUACGUUUUAUUGUAACCUCCAAGCUCCUGUGUAUCCAGCUUUCUGUCUAAGUAUAGAGAACACAACGGAGGCUUUCCAGCGGAUGAGGGUAAUAAACCCCAUGUCAGAUCAAAGACUAACUUAAAUGCAUAUCACAAAUUGAUAGCAGUACAAAUAUGUCAUGUAAAGACAGCAUGCAGGUACUGUUAGAACAUAACUUACUGUUGGAAAUUUGGGUAUUUCUUCAGGCUGAGAGGGUAAAUAUGGCUACAGCACUUACAGUAAUUUGAAAAAUGCAUGGGAUUCUGCUUGCACAACAACGUUAAUAAAAGUGAUUAAAAUUU